AUGCGCCGAAUACCGCGCCCCUCGCGGGCAACCGACCCUUCACAUUCGCUCUCUGCAUCUAUAUGCCAGAGAGUGUCGCCUCUGCCCUAUCGCGGUCCCGCCUCGCCCUGCGCACACAUUCGAGCCGCCGCCGCAUUUUCCACCACCUCACCCAAUUGCUUCCUCCUUCCCGGAAAACAAGACAAGAAGAAACACCAGCAGUUUGUGCGGCGAUGGCAGAAGCGACUUCUCGGCGAUUCGGAGCCAAUUGGCGCACAUGUUGACCCGUACGACCCGACAUCGCCUGUUCGCAUAGCACCAGAGGAACAGGGCGAGUAUGUGGAGGUGCUCGACGAUGAGGGGCCCGAUUUCCCCCACUACAAGCCAUCGGAGAACAUUAGUGGUCUCGAGCGUGUUGGUGGUGAGGAGUGGCUUAAACAAAAGGUGGAGAAGGACAUGGCUGUGGAAUUCGAAAAGCUUACACUGCGCACCUACACCCCGCUUACGUUGGAGAUGGCCGACGAGAUUGAAGAGCUCACUGGCACCCCAUACACCCUCAAGGAUGAGAAUCUGAUGAUGGCACAAACCGUACACGAGAAGACGAAACGCCCAUAUACAGCCUACAACUUUGGUCUUCACACAAAGGUCACCCGUCCCAGCGAUCUGCGCAGCCGCUUCACCCAGGCUAUCGCCGAAAUCUACGCCAUGAAGCAGGCUGGUAUCGAAAUGGACUUUUCCAAGUUUGCCAACCGCGGAAUCUACGAUGCGCCACGCUGGGUCAAGGACAUCAAGUUGGUCAAGACGGAUAGCGGGGACCUCGCCCUCGCUUUUCCUCAGCACAAGAGUCUCGAGCAGCUUCUAGAGACUAUGCAAAACGCCCCAACUUGGGAGCCUGCAUUUGAGGAAUCAGACGAACUUCUUGUUGACGAAGCCGAGGACAUUAUCGCAACAGAAGAGCAACCUCCGACCAUGGACCCUGACACACCAGCACACAAGCGGGCAGCCGUGGUAAAGAUGGAUGAUGAGAAGAAGCCAUUCGACUUCAUGUCGAAUCGUCCUGUACCCCGUAGCAAGCCAGUCGAAAAGCCAGUUGUUGAGGAUGUCACGCCUACAACAACUUCAACUUUAACUUUAACUUCGGCAGAGCUUCCCGCUCAAAAGUCCGAGCCUCAGCCUGUCAGGGAGUCACAGAGUAAGACACAGCACUCAAUUCUGGAAGAUAAAGCGCAGCGUCUGGCUGAGGACUUUGCGGCUUUGAGGAGGUCUGUACAACAGGCUCGAGCAAGCGGAUCUGCCGUCAAGCCCGAGGAAACAAAAUGGCGACAGAUCCAAGUGGCUGAUGUCGACCUCAAGUUUGCUCUUUACAAACGUCUUUACCAGCUUACAGGUUAUCGCAUUUCCGACCCAGAUCUGACUUCAGCAAACACUCUUGGAGACCUAUACAAUAGCCUCUGUCUAGCUGCUAAGCCUCAGCCCACCAGCCUUUUCUCCGCUAUCCACGUUGAAGGCCAGAAGGCGCGUGAAAAGGCCAAGCGAGAAGCUGCAUCUGCUGCCGAGAAGAAGCGAAAGGCCGACCUAGGUGAUUUGAUUAACCUGGGCAACGUCGAACUUCGCCGAGUCAAGGCAACCAAGCCGGAAAAGCGAAGCAAGAUUGGUCUGGACAAGGUGGUGCACUAUGCGCUGUGGGAACGUGGCCUAGGCACUGGUAUGCCGCCGAGAUCAGUCAAAAAGGGAAAGAGAAAGGCUCAUGCCGUGGUUGGGUUGUCACGCAAGCGAGCGGAGUUUUCAAAACCGUUGAGCAGCAAGGGGGCGGACUUCUUGGCCAAGAAGACGAGGAUGUGGAGAGAGGGGCGGGAAUCAAUGACACAGUCCUCCUCGGCUGUAUAA